UUUUUUUUUUUUUUCGCGCUUAAUCUUGACCGGUUCUCUCGUUUCACGAGUCCUAACCUCGUAUAAUUAUCUUGUUGAUUGAUAUCGGAUGUUUAUAAAACAAGAUUACAAUCCAACAUAUGAGUCUCGAUAUGAUGAGUUUUUCUCAUAUGUUGUUUAAGUAUCACGAAAUUGUUCAUAUUACCUUGAACACAUCAAGUCCUUUCUCUAGUACUUUGGAUGAGACUUAAUUAAUCAUGUGUCCUGCUAAUUCUGUUCUUCCAUAUAUGUGAAAGAAGCCAUGUAUUGAUAACCAUAAAUCGAAUUGCCCAUGGGUACCACUAGUGAUAAUUAUAUGUGUCGAUACGUUAUCAGCAAAAGUUUAACGCAAUACUUUCAAAUUCACAAUUUGUUCAGUUAAUUUUCUUAUAUUGCUAGACUAUUCUUGUGUUUGCGUUUGUGGAAUUUGAUAACUUAUACUUUCUUUGUCCGAAAUUGUUGUACAUGUUUUUUCUUUUUGAGACACCUCAAAAAAUUUUCUAUAUCUUUUAAUUUAUAAUAUUUUUUUAUAUUCAGCGUGGAUCUUGUUUGAUAGAUUUCAAUUAAUUUUAUUAAACAAAGAUUUCAAAAUUGUGAAAUAUAGACAAUUUUUUUGAGAAGUUCCAAAAAAGAAACUGACACAACAAUUUGGGACGGAGAGAGUGUUUACUAUUAUACUAAAAGUGAAGACUGUAAAAUAAUAUUCCCAAUGCCAUAUAAAGUGAUCAACAAAGCUACACAUAUGCCUAGAAAAAGCAAUUUCAUUCAUUAUAGGAAAGAAACAGCCCGCCCUGUACCAAAAUACUAGAACAUAAUUAAGCUGAAAACUUGGUUCAAUGGCCGUACAUUUUCGAUAACGGAAUCUUCUGGGUCAGCUUACGCAUAAUAAUUCUAGAUCCUAAAAUUAACGAUUGAGCAAACUUCUUAUGGCCCCAAUUGUUUCUUGCGGGAAGUGAGAGUCGAACAUAUUAAAGCCCUUACUUGCUGGCAUGCUGCAAUUGAACCAAUCCCCUUUUUUAAAAAAAAAAAAAAUUGAUCAAGAACCAAUCCCUUGAGUUUACAUAUGGUAUAUGUGUUCUCACCCUAAUUAAGGUAGCUUCUGUUAAUAUGGUGGUCCAUCCAGGCAUUUCUGCAGCCGAAAUGCAGGUGGCAGGUGUGUAUUUUGUUCUGUCCUUUUCCCAAAGGAAACAAAUUUCAAAACUGUUGCAUCAUACAGUAUAUCCAACUUGCUUUGUGUCCCAAUUCCUUCUGCUCUGGGUGAUGAAGCAAAAUUAAUAAUAUCGUGAUGAUGACGGAAUCAUUCAACUUCAACCCCAGCCCCAUCACCCAAUUCCCUCUCUCUCUCCUCUCAUUCACACACAUUCUCUCUCUCUCUCUCUCUCUCUCUCUCUCUGCAUGAUUAAUGCUUCUCUGAAGGGAAACAUCACCAGUCCUUUUCUCUCUUUUACCCUCUCCAUUUUGCCUCCCACUCCCACCUCUCUAUCCCUUUUGUCUCACUCCUCUCCUCUCUCUUUCUCUAUCUCCCCCCCUUACAUUUAUACCCCGCCUUGACAACCCAACUGGCCCAAACACUCUUUCCACAAAGCAAAAAGAUCAGAAGGUAAGAGUGAGAGAGAAAUGUCACCAGCAGCAGCAGCAGCUGUUUCAUCAUCAUCAUCGUCAUCAUCAAGGUGGUGUCCAACACCGGAGCAGCUGAUGAUCUUGGAAGAGAUGUACAGAGGUGGAACAAGGACACCCAAUGCAUCCCAGAUACAGCAGAUCACUGCCCACCUCUCUUUCUAUGGGAAGAUUGAGGGGAAGAAUGUGUUCUACUGGUUUCAGAACCACAAGGCUAGAGACAGACAAAAGCUUAGGAGGAAACUCAUGAGCAAGCAGAUUAUGCAUCAACAGCAUGUACUGUACAACCACCAGCAGCAGCAGCAGAACAACAAUGGACCACAAAACCACCACCACCACUCCCACCACCUACUUCCUCAGUUUUCCCACUAUACCCCAGUUGGGUUUCUUCCUCAGGUAGGAGGAGUUGAGGAUGCAUCAACACCAAUGGUGGGGUACUCAUGGAAUCAUCAUCAUCUUCCAGAAAGGUGCGAGGUGGUGGAGGACAAGCCCAUGGCCAGAACCUACGGCCGUGAUUGGAUGAUUAUGCUGGAUCUGGGCCCCACAUCUCCCAAUUCUUGCAGCAGGCCCCUCAAAACCCUAGAACUCUUCCCCGUCACAGCCACUGGUCUCAGAGACACCACAUCCACCAACUAACCCUGGCUAACUGCAUGCAUCUCUCUCUCUCUCUCUCUCUCUCUCUCUCUCUCUCUCUCUCUUCUCUCUCUCUCAUAUCUCUCUCUCUCUCUCUCUCUCUCUCUCUCUCUAUAUAUAUAUAUAUAUAUAUAUAUGUUGAAAAAUGCUUUGGACACAGAUGUUCGGGUACAGAUAUGUUGGCACGCGUUCAAUGCAUUUGAAGUUCAUUUUAAUUGUGCAAAGCUUCACAUGCGUCGAACAGCUCCGAAAAAACCUAUAUCCGAAUCUGUGUCCAAACAUCUGUAUUCGUACGUAGCAUUACUGUUUUUCGUGUAUCUCUGAACUAAGGUUUCACAUCCCUAUGAUGACUCUGGUCAUGGCAUUGUCUUUGGUUUGUUGUGUUAUGUGUCUCUAGCUAGCUCUGAAAUGAGAAGGAUCUGGAUUGUCUAA